GGCUCGUUUGCUUGCUUGUUCGUUUUUUUGAUUCGGCGGUGCCUCGUUUGUUGUCAUAACGCGAGAGACUUUCAUUGUGAGUGGACGUGUCACUUGCGUAUUGCGGUUAAAAAUUGACAAUUUUGUUGAACAAUAAAUAUACCGCAUAAAACAUAUUGUAUAUUGCACACUAGCAUGUGAACUCAGACUUGGACAUACUCGUAAUUUCAAACGUGUCGCAAUUGGAAAAUUAAAUUAGAGGAUUAAUAAAAUCUAGCACAUAACCUGAUAAGCUGAUCCCAAGUAGCCUUCGCACAACUUACAACACUAAUUAAAUAAAUGUGCGCGUGUUCAAAAAUUUAAAAACAAACAACAAGUGUUAAAUACAACUACAACUGCAACAACAGCAACAGUAACGGGAAGUGCCCGCGGUCGCUCAACAAGUGUUGCUUACAACAAGCACUGGUAUUAUCUAAUAAACCAACUAAAUACUUACAUAUAUAAUAUAUAUACAUAUAUUUUUGAGACUUAGUCGAAAGUUAUAAUAAAGAGAUAAUAAUAUCAAAUAGGCAGCUUAAAUAUUCAAUUUAAACUAUUCUCGUGUCUGUGUCCGUGUCUCUGUGUUGUAUGUGUGUGCUCAAGUCUCUGCAUGUGUGUGUGUGAAUCGAGCAACAGCAGCUACAACUACAACAGCAACAACAACAACAAUACGGCAACGUCAACAACACGCAAUUGCUGUGAGCGCGACGGAGAUAGCAACAGCGUGAGUCAUAAAAGUGAAAUGAAAACGCGGAUAAAGCCGUGUCAUCUUUUUUUCAUCCAAAACAACAAUAACAACAGCAGCAAAAACAACAAUCGCAUUGCUGCAAAUCACAAGGACUAUCCCAACAACAAGCGCUCCAGGGAUAAUCUGGCAUGUAACGAUCAGCAGCCGCAGCUGACGGUGACGACAACGGCGACGUCAACAACGGCCGCAACAAUGAAUGGUGCCACAAAUGGCGGACGAACGCCACCGCUCAUGCGCAGCUGCUCCACUCCGGCGGUAUAUGAUAUUGAAACACAUCCCGCCUCGCCAGUAUUCCCGCAUCUGCUGCUGGGCAAUGGCCGCGAUGCGAACAAUCCGAGCAGCGUGGGCGCCAAUUGUGUGCUGAAUGUUACCUGCCAAAGUCCCAGCGAGAAUCAUCUGCAGGGCCUGAAGUAUAUGCAAAUACCUGCCAGCGAUACGCCCCAUCAAAAUAUUAAGCAAUAUUUUCAGGAGGCAUUCGAUUUCAUUGAGGAUGCACGAAAAACUGGUUCACGCGUCCUGUUGCACUGUCAUGCGGGCAUCUCGCGCAGUGCCACAAUCGCGAUUGCGUACGUGAUGCGAUACAAAUCGCUGUCGCUGCUGGAGGCGUACAAGCUGGUGAAAGUGGCACGGCCGAUCAUCUCCCCGAAUCUGAACUUUAUGGGCCAGCUGCUGGAACUGGAGCAGGGACUGCGCAAGAGUGGCAUUUUGGCGCCGCAGCCACCCGCAUCACUGCCAGCAGCCGCCAGCUGCAGCAGCAGUAGCAACAGCAGCAGCAGCAACAACAUUCAACCGCUUGCGUUAGCCCCAACAACAACAAUAACAACAACAACUAGUCAAGAAGAGCUUGUGGAACAGCCCGAACUGGAGGCAGCUGCGGAGGUGGGACAACAGCGUGUACUGCCACGCAAAUCCAAAUCGGAUAGCGAGGCCAUGGACGAGGAUGUGUAUGACUAUGAUGAUGUGGACAGCGGCGCUAGCAGCAAUUGCUCCUCACGUCUCACUUCACCGCCCAUUACGCCGGAUGAGACGCCCUGCACAUCGGCAUCGUCGGCAGCAGCAGCGGCGGCGCCGGCCACCGAAUUGGAUUCGCCAUGCUCGAACAGCAGCAGCGGCAUCUACUCCGUAUCUACGUCGUUUUGUGCAUCCAAUCGCAACAGCAACAGCAGCAACAGUAGCAAUAGCAGCAGCAGCAGCAGCUAUACGGCAACUACAUCAUUAGCGGAGGUGCCACCAACACCGGCACUGCUGUCGCCAACGAGGCCACUGGCGCUAUUCAAGCGCAACUCGCCCGCCAAACUGAGGCUCAAUCUGGAGUCCAUCUAUACGGCAGACAUACCAAAAUCCAUAUCCUGCAUAUCCAUACACAAUGCCACACCGGCGACGCCCAGCUGUGAGGCGAGCGAUGCCAUCGAUGGCAACAGCAACAAUCUGGUGAUGGUAUCCACGUCGAGUGAUUGAUUCGCAACACGGAGGCGUCUCCGACAACGACGACGACGAAAACGAAGACGCCGCCGCCCCUCAGCUGUGAAUGUAAAAUAGAAAUGUAUGUGUGAUGCAUACUUGUUUUUUAUAUGCACACACAGAGAUCAGGAUUGGCAAGCAGAGCAAAGGAGCAGUCACUGCAACCAGUCACUGAGCGUGUAUAUUUUGUACCUAACAAAUAACAACAACAACAACAAAAACAGAAACAACAGCAACAAAAACAGCAAAGCGAUAUGUGCUUAGUAUCAAAUUGGGGUCAACCAUGGAAUAUAUAGUCUAAUUUGUAAUUGUAAAUCUUUUGUAAUGUAUUUAAGAUCCCUGAGAUGAACACAAAAGAGAAACAAUGAAAAAAUGAAAACAAUGAAAGAGAAAACAUUGAAACAAGAACUAUAAUCGAAAAGUAUCCACUUGUAAUGUGCUGCUAUUAUAAAUUGUUUAAAAACCUCGUAAUUUUUAAUUUAGUAUAAUUUAUGUUUAAGCAAUUCUUAACUAUACACAUAGUAAACAAACAAAAUAAUCAUAUGCAUAUAUAUAUACAUUUAUAUAUAUAUAUACAAUUACAAUGACAUUUUUGAAUCGCACUGCAAAUGUUUCUGCUACCUUGCCACAGAAUGAACCAAACCACCCCACUAAAACAACCACCCCAAGUCCAUAUCUUAAUUAGAAAGAAGCAAACUAUCUGCUAUUAUCGAAACUGUUCUAAGUUUUAUUCAACUACUGUUCCCAGCCACCCAAAUACACGUACACCUACACACACACACACACACAUACACCCGCAAACACACUCAGUCACAGUUUACAAUCUAUAAUUGCAACAUAUUGUUUGGUUUUGUGUUUGUGUUUUUCUAGUUUUAGUUAUUUAUAAACAGAAGUGAGAAGAGAGCGAAAACGAAAGCGAGAAAGAGAUAGAAAGAGAGAGAGUUGAAUGCAAUCUGAUUCAUUUGGUUUAGUCGUUAAGAAUUCUAAGUUAAGGCUCUACACCCAAAAAGUGUAACACGUGCGUUAAGUAAAUAGAAAACAUAAAAGUAAC